AAGGUGGGAAAGGUGGGAAAGGUGGGAAAGGUGGGAAAGGUGGACAACAAUGAACAAGGUGGACAAGAUGGACAGGGGGGACAGGGUGGGAUUGAGAAAAAAUUAAGCCACGGUGGCUUUAACAUGAACUGUUAAGAUGGUUCCAGCUAUGUAAAGCCACAUCUAUGACGUUCCUUAUUGGCCCCUCUACCUAGUUGAGUACUAGGUAUCCUAGUUAUCCCCAAUAACCCUGCGUUCUGCGUUCUGCGUUCUGCGUUAUCCUCUAAAGCUCCAUACCUACAUACAUAGUACCUACAUAAUAGCUCCAUUACUCCAUCGCUACCUGAUUCAGUUGACCAUGAGUUGUCCUUGCAGACCGACAUCGUGCCUAUUAUACCUAUUCUUUCUUUCCUAUUAACUGGAUUCCCCUUCAACAGCUUUACCUCGUACGAGCUUGACUACCUUAUUCAAACAUGGCGGAUAGAGGUCCUCCCAACUAUUAUAGGAUCCUAGAGGUCUCAGAGACAGCAACUACACAGCAAAUCCGAGAUGCCUAUAAGCGGGCAGCGCUCAAAACCCACCCUGACAGGGUCACUGCUGAUUCGCCUGAUCGCGCUGCUCGGACUCGCAAGUUCCAGCUUGUGAACGACGCCUACUAUACGCUGUCAAACCCGGAUAGACGGCGCGAGUAUGAUGGCCAGCGUAGGAUGUAUGCCGGAAGGCGUAGUGGUAGAAAGUACGCGGAUCCGUUCGAAGAGGCUUCGGCUGCCGACCCUGAAGAGUCUGUGCCCACCGGUAAUGGUACAGGAGGAGCACAAAACGCGUACUCAUGGGCGUGGAAUUUCUUCACAGGAGGCAACACCAGGUCACAGCCAAACGCACAGCGAGAGCGACAGCAAGCUGAGGAUGCUCAGUUCGGUGACGCGUUUGAGGAAAUGCUGCGUGAAGAGGGACUCGCCGAAGAUGGCAGCAAUACCCCCACGUCCAAGUUUUGGAGCAUUAUGGGUGCAGCAAGCGGCGGCGUGCUAGGGUUCAUCGUGGCUAAUAUGCCAGGUGCUGUGGCAGGCGCUAUGGCCGGUAAUCGAUUAGGCGCAGUCAGAGACACUAAAGGAAAAAGUGUGUACGAAGUCUUCCAAGACUUGCCACAGAAUGACCGAGCGAGGUUACUGGCGCAGCUAGCUACGAGGGUCUUUAGCCAUGCUGUUGGGAUUUAAUGACUUGGGCUUAGAUUACUGUUAUCUCCCUCUUUUGGUUGGGUUGACAUACGACGGGAAACGCCAAUAUUAUGAACCAUGCUUGUUAUUGACGAUGGAUGCGAGGAGUUAAGGGUAUAGACACUUACGAAAUAGGCAUUGAGAGUACAGGUAGGGUUAUUAGAUCCUAUUGAAUGGAAUAUACUAGCUUCGACGAAAUAGGGGAGGCGACUCGAUCUUUGACGGUCCAGGCUUCAAUAUGAUGGGGAUACUUAUCAAAGAAUAUCAUGACGGACAAUCUUCCUCUAGACAUACAUACAUAGCCGAUCUCAACUAGUGUAGGUUCAUUGACAUAAACUUUUUGGCGUAGCUAAAGUCAUGACCGUGCCUGUUUUGUGGCUGUUAUGAUACCAAAAUUUUCGUGAAUAUUCUAGAAAACUUCAAUGUCAUUCAUCAAAAUGUUGUAGAUUUC